AUGGUCCUUUCGUUGCGGACCUGGUACGUUGCAAGCUGGCGGCCUCUUUGGCUCAGUUUGUUCCUGCCCUUUGCCAUGGCAGUGAUGCGCAAAGUUUUCGGGGAUGAGACUGCUUGCCCUGGAAGGGUGAACUUUGCAAGGCAUGCAGUGCAUCCCAACAUUGAUGGAUGUCAGAGACACUGUCAGUUUGGUUUUAUGUUUGCCAGAUGUCAGAGCCACUGGCAAUUUACUCUCUGUGGCCUAGCCUGCUUGUCGGUCAAUGGCCCAGAGAAGAGCAACAAUCAAGAGGGGCCUGUGCUGUUGGCACCCAGCUGCUUGCAUGUCAUCUACGCCACCUGGAGUAUCUGGUGUCCAUAUCAGGUGCUCUUUGACCAGGUCGCCGGAGGGGCUCCUUUAACAACAUUUAACAAGAAGAGGAUUGCUCUGCUGGAGUGCGCAGCACGAUUGACUUUGACUUGGUUGAACUUCUUCGGCCAAGUGAAGAUCGGGAGGCUGGAGUCUCUGGCAACUGCAGAGGCUUACUCUCGAACCAAAGGGCUUCUGGGGAAUCGCCUCGGAUUCUCUGCCGAAGUCGCAGGUGGGGACAUGGACGAGAGUGGUCCGAGCUUUGACACCGCGCUGCAAGCCAUGCUCGCAGGAGGCGAUGGUGUUACACCUCUUGCACGCGAGGCCCCCAACAGCGUCGACAAUAUCGUCGUCAUAAUGGUUGCUAUGGGCGCGGGUACGCCAGCAAUGCGUCCGGUGAACAGCUUCCAGGAGCAGAUUCUCAGGUCGGCGGCUGCUAUCGAUGCGACGGUGCUGCAAAGCAGCCCAGACCAACAGCCCGACUACGGCAUUUUGUCCGAAGAGCUCACGGAGAACGCCAACGGCAACAAGGUUGCCACAGCGACGGCCCUGAGUUACAAAGCGGUGGAGCUGACGAGCCUGCUUGGCAUCCCAGCACGGGGCCAUGGGAGCCCGGCUGGCAGCACGCGCCGGGUUGGCGGCCGCACCCUGGCGGCUGGGCUGACUUUGGGCAUCCUGGCCCGCAUUUUGGCCCUCCUGGUCAUUGUGCUCCUGGCGGUCAUUUUGGCCCUCAUCCUGGCCCACAUUUUGCUCCUGGCCCACAUUUUGUUCCAUCCGGCCCCCGCACCAGCGCCGCCGUCUGAGCCCCCGCCUGCCGAGACGAAGGCACCAGUGUCAGCAGAGGUGGAGAAGUUGCAGGAGAUCAUCCAGCGCUUGCAAGCCGAGAACGCCGAGCUAAAGUCGCAGGUUGUUGCGCUGACACCCCAGGCUUCUUCCCAACCCAUGGUCGAACCCGGAGCAGAGCUGACUCAAGAGGUUGCUCCUGUGACAUCUCCGGUCGAGGAGCCUGCUCCGGAGGUGCCUUACAGCGAGCCGGUGGCAGAAGCAGCGCCCGAGGAGCCGGCUCCUGCAGAGCCAGCUACCGAGGCGCCAGCUGCCCCGGCUGCUGAAGAGCCAGCUGCUGCAGAGGCCCGGGAUACAGGCGGAAUGGCAUGCGGGGCGGCUCAUGGCGUACUCGGUACUUGCAAAGACGUACAUAUGCAGUUGUGGCCUGGGUCAGCUGUGCCCCUGCGCCCAGCAAUCCUCAACGCCUACAGGGCCCCUGAAGAUGCUUGGUUGAUGAUGGCAAUUGUUUACAGCAUGCCACUGAUGUCCGUUCCCCUGACCCGGGACACGCGGCUGCCCAUGCAGUGGCUGGCACCAUUCGGUGCUACUGGUUACUUCGAAGAGCUAUGGAAGCACGACCUCACGGACAACCGGGUCAAGAACAUGGCUGCGCAUGCACUACGGGUGCUGACGCAGGUGGCAGCAUUCUUGGAUGAGAAUGUUGCAGCAAUCGCCGCGGAGUCGGCGAGGUUGGAUCGCGCACUGGCCGUCAAGAAGAUGAAGCCUCUCCGGCCAAGUGAGAAGAUGGACAUCAUUAACCUGGUAAGGGAUGGCAAGCCGCUCGGUGCAGACCAGACCUGUUUGUAG